GAUUUCUAGGGCUUUCCGAUUUUCUCGAAACCGGCGUCGUUUGGCCCGAAUCUCAGACCUCGAUUUUCCACGAUCGAUCCGUCGUAUCGGCGAUCCUCAUCGAGGAAUUCGUUCCGGUGGUCAAAUUCUCCGAUAUUGCCACCAACGUCGGAAUCGGAUCCCCGACGGAGAGCUGCGCCGUUUGCCUCUGCGAAUUUGAGGACGAGGAGGAGGUCCGGUGUUUGAAGAAUUGCAAACACAUUUUCCACAAGGAAUGUUUGGACCGAUGGAUGAUUCGCGAUCAGAGAAGCUGUCCUCUGUGUAGAACCCUAGUUCUGCCGGACGAGUUUAUUCCGCAGCUCCCUGAUUUUUCCGGCUGUUCUGAGCUUUCCGGCGACUAUAGCUAAGUUUUUUUUUUUUUGAAAUUAGUAAUAUUCGUUCUUAUUUCUGAACCAAAAUAUUGCUAAUUGCAAUGUAUAUUGUAGAUAAAUUAGAUUUUGCUCCCCAUAAAAUCCCAAGAUUAAAAUAAAAAAUAAAUAAAAUGUGGGUUUCCAAUAUUAAAA